GUCGCCCUGCAAAGGAGGAGGGGGAGUAGCGGGGCUGGGGGAGAUGGAAUUCCCGUGGCCAACUCCCCUGGGAAGAGAAUUAUUCGGGCUCGCUGCGGCAGGAGAAACCCGGGCUGGAGGAGGGGAAGUCCUGCGCCAAAUUUGGGCGCGAGAGCUCGCCCGCCAGGCGGUGAACUCGGGGUUUCUAGGUAAGGUAUUGAAUGCACCUGUUGAAGUCAAACGCGGGAUUAAGGUGGCCCUUGAGGGAGGCUCAAGGAAACCGUGGUAAACCCACAAAGGGCAUCACACGUCCUGUUCUCCAAGACUUUUGGCAGAGAGGAGCGGGAAAGCGCCAGGAUCCCGCCCAUCGCUCCGAAGAAUAGGCGAGUCUCCCCGCCGCCCCGCCCCAGCAGUAGUGAUGUAAAGAGGACAAGUCACCGAUGUGAGGAAGGGAAAAUAAACAGCCAGCCGGGAAGCGGGUGGGGAGGUGGGGAGAGUAGGCACCGAGCAGUCUCCAGCCGCAGGGGCGAGAGGGAGCGCUUUCUGGGGAAACAAACCUCGCCUAAAGAGUUGAGUUUGGAGCCCAGCGCUUUUCAGAGGUUCGGAACGCACCUCCCCAGCUUCGUCCCAGUAGACAAAGGGCUGAGCAGGAAAAGCUGCAGGCGGCGGACGGAGAGCAGCUCAGUUGGUGGGUGGGCUGCGCGGGGAGACGCCUGCGGGAGGGAUAGCUGAGCCUCUCCUUCCCUUCUCCUUCAAGUGCGGGAAGGCGAGGACGUGUGGGAAGGAGCCCGCACACUCGAGGAGGGAAGGGAGCGAGCCUUGGCAGAAGUCGAAGGGGCGCCGCACGGACAGCAUGCCUUUAGCCAGACGCCCCGCUGCUGGGUCCGCGAGCAACUCCAGCCUGUUGUGGCCGCUGACCACCGGCGAGGCCAACAGCAGUGGGGAAACGGAGGCGCUCGGGGAAGGCGGAGGCCCGCCGAGAGACGAGCGCAACGAAGAGCUAGCCAAGCUGGAGAUCGCCGUGCUAGCCGUGACUUUCAUGGUGGGUGUGCUGGGUAACAGUACUGUGCUGCUGGCGCUGCACCGCACGCCCCGCAAGACGUCCCGCAUGCACCUCUUCAUUCGCCACCUCAGCCUGGCGGACCUGGCUGUCGCUUUCUUCCAGGUGCUGCCGCAGCUGUGCUGGGAAAUCACCUACCGUUUCCGGGGAUCCGAUGGGCUGUGCCGCGUCGUGAAGCACCUGCAGGUGUUCGUCAUGUUUGUGUCGGCUUACAUGCUAGUAGUCAUGACCGCCGAUCGCUACAUCGCGGUGUGCCACCCGCUGAAGACACUGCAGCAGCCCGCGCGCCGCGCGCGCCUCAUGAUCGCUGCCGCCUGGGCGCUGAGCUUCGUGCUGAGCACGCCGCAGUACUUCGUCUUCUCCUUGGUCCAGGUGGACAACGUCACCAAGGCCUACGACUGCUGGGCCAAUUUCAUCCAGCCCUGGGGUUCCCGCGCCUAUGUGACCUGGAUGACGAGCGGCAUCUUCGUGGGGCCGGUGGUCAUUCUCAGCACCUGCUACGGCUUAAUCUGCCACCACAUCUGGCGCAACUUCCGCGGAAAGACUGCGCUGCGCGGAGGCAAGGGUGCGGAGGGCCCCGGCGGCGCCUUCCACAACGGGCUCCUGCUCGAGCCCUGUGUCAGCAGCGUGAAGUCCAUUUCCCGCGCCAAGAUCCGUACGGUGAAGAUGACUUUCGUGAUCGUGACGGUUUACAUCGUUUGCUGGGCACCCUUCUUCGUCGUCCAGAUGUGGUCUGUCUGGGAUGAGAACCUCAGAUGGGUCGAGUCAGAAAAUCCGACCUUCACCAUCACUGCAUUACUGGCUUCCUUGAAUAGUUGCUGCAACCCCUGGAUAUACAUGUUCUUUAGUGGCCAUCUCCUACAAGACUUCAUCCGAAGCUUCCCAUGCUGCAAAAACAUGAAGCAAGCAUUCAACAAAGAAGACUCUGACAGUAUGAGCAGAAGACAGACUUCUUACACUAACAACCGAAGCCCAACAAACAGUAUGAGUACGUGGAAGGACUCGCCUAAAUCUUCCAAGUUCAUCAGAUUCAUUCCUAUUUCAACCUGAGCCCCUCAAUCAUGCAGCUGACUCUUGUAACAGACUUUGGGGCCCAUUGGCUGAAUCCAGCUAGCAGUCAUGAGAACAAAUGAACUACAUGAGAUAAGCAUAAAUCAAUUCGUGGGUACAAGAUUCUGUUUCUUUUCUAUUUGCAUCUUCACAUUGCUAUGACCAAAAGCUAUGAAUUGUUUUAUACAGAGUGGUAAUAAAAAAUAUUACACUGAAAUUUUGAGGUCUAAUUCCCAGAAAUAAAUAUGACAAGUUUCUAAAGGAAAAAUCAUAACCAUCCUGACUUUAUAUUUUGUUGCUGGUUUCUUUUCUUUUUAUUUCUGACAUAACUAAGUUUUGAUUGGUUUAAAAGUCAUAUAAUGUAGGGGACUUAUUUCUGAACAAAGUGAGUUCAUCCUCAGUCAGCCUUAGUGUUUGAAAGGAAUUAGAAGAGACUUGAAAGAAAUUGUUCUCAUCCAAUACAAUCAACUUAUACAUCAGAAAAUGCUGCCUCAAAUGGUGGCCUAGACGUGGGAUGGUGCCUUGGAGAGGCAUGAGUGCUAGAGGCCUAUAUGAGCAGGUGGUGUCUGGCUCAGAGUGGAAAGAGGAAAGUUCUGUUAGAAGCUAUAAAUCACCUAGAUUUCAAAACAGGAACUUCAGAACUGGCAGUUCCCUCCUUUAGGGUCCUGAUGUUUUAUCAGUUGUGAAAAGCCGGUGGACUUAGAUGCUGCAACCUAGGAAAAAAAAGUGUCAAUUCACUGAUAUGUUCUUUUUUCUCCCACUGCAAGGUCGGUUUAAAGUCAGAUUUGUAUCAGGAAUCCUAGGUUUUAUGAGAAGAGUAGAAGCAGAGUGUCCAAGGUGCUAUGCAGACUGUCUCUGGAACGUCGUAAAUGUGUUUUGACUAUUGUGGAAUUACAACACUGUGCCAUUGGACAGUACCCUUUAACAAAAGAGUAUGCUGGAUAUUACCGUGAUCAUUGCUUUAUGUGAAGGGAAUCCAGAUUCACAGAUAAGAGAGUCUGCUAAAAAGUGGCUCAGGAUACACUAUGUCCCCUCACAUUUAAUUAAAAAUAGCUUGGGAUUCCCUUCUGGUCUCCCACCCAUCCAACAGUGUCAGUAGCUGAGGGGCAGGGUUCUGACCUCGAUGUCAUGGAGAUGGAGAGAGAACUGCUCUGAACCUCAUCUGGCUUCCUUCGUUACUAAAAGCAUGACUUCAGGCACAUCACUUAAACAUACAAAAAAGUUCUAUUUCCUUGGCUGUACAACGGAGUUGAUGAUGCUUACCUCCCGAGAUUAUUGUGAGGACUAUAUGAAACCAAGUGUGUGAAAGACCUUCAUAAAUAAACUGCCAAGUGCUAUACAAAUGAUAGUUGCUUUUGUUAUAGUCUUGGGGCCUUCUGAAUUGCUCAGCCCUUUUCUGUUUACUUUUCAUUAACCAGAAUUUGUUGGUUUCAUGUCUGGGGUACAAGAUCCUAAAAUUUAAAUAUAGCUUCGCUGAUUCAUUGGAAACUACUACCAGUGACCACUAAGGCUGACUUCUGCCUAACUUCAGUUUUGCAAGUUAAAGAUAGAACUUGCUCCCCUUUGACUGCAGGUGAACCAAAGCCAGCCAAGAGCAUCCAUUUCUUUCAUUUCUAGACAGAGGUAAAUUACAACAUCAUUUGGCUGCUGUUACUGCAUUUUUUAUUAAUGGGACUGGGUUUUUUCAAGCUGUUUUGUCUGGCUCCUUUUCCUUCUUAGAUUGGAGGAUACAUCAUGUGUAUUUUGCAUCUCUUAAAGGAAGUGACAGCUAUUUUAAUAGUAUUGUUGGUUCUUGGAAUGAACUCCAUGGAUAAGAAACUGAAGACCGGAGAGCGCUGUGAGAACCUGGAACCAUCAACUUCACUCCUCUUCAUUCUCUGGCCUUUCCAAAUUCUCUGACCUUUUACUCCCUGGAUUGAUAUGCCUAAAAAAAGCUUGCCAAUGUUUUAUAGAGAUUAAGCCCUGAGGUGUUAGAAUUCUGCUUUUCAA